AUGAGGCACCUAAGUCUUAUCCUCGCCCUCGGGCCAUUGCUAGGAACGACCUCGACAUGUCGGCCCCCAAAAUGGUCUGUUGGACAAACGGUACAGACGACGAGCGGUCCGGUUGAGGGACAUGCUGCGUCUGUCGCCAAGGAAGUUUCUGAAUAUCUCGGCAUUCCCUAUGCUCUACCACCCGUGGGAGAUUUGCGAUUUCAGCCCCCUGUCCGCUACAACGGGUCGAGGAAGAUCGUGGGCAAGGACUUUGGCGCGGCAUGCUUUCCCUCCAAUAUUAGCGCUUACGACGCCGACUUCCCCAAGGAGCUGAUUGACGGCUAUGGAAUUACAGAGGUCGGGCGCAGGAUCCUCGCAACCAUCACGAAUCCCGGCAUACCAGUGAGCGAGGACUGCUUAACCCUGAAUGUGUGGACCAAGCCACAGACCAGCGAAAAGCGUAAACCCGUUAUGGUCUAUAUCCAUGGCGGAUCUUUUGUUUCGGGUAGCUCGGCCGUCCCGGCGUAUAAUGGCCAAUUCUUUGCUGACCAGGAAGAUGUGGUCUUGGUGACCAUCAAUUAUCGCGUCACCUUCUUCGGCUUCCCUGGCAACCCUCACGGUCACCAGAACCUCGGCCUGCUCGACCAGCGCAUGGCAGUCGAAUGGGUCCGGGACAACAUCGCCGCCUUCGGGGGUGACCCCUCCCGCAUCAUCCUUUUCGGCGAGUCGGCCGGCGGCGCCUCGGUUGACCACUACUCCUUCGCCUGGGCACACGAUCCCAUCGUCUCCGGCCUAAUCCCCAUGUCCGGCACAGCGGAGGGCAUUGCCCCGCUCCCGGCCGCGGUCGCCUCCGAGCUCUGGUACAACACCACCGCCGCCCUGGGCUGCGGUAAUGCCUCCACAACCGACCAAGCCGCCGUCCUCGCCUGCAUGCAGUCGGUCCCCGCCGAGUCAAUCGUCGCCACCCUCAUCAACACGAUCGAGUCCCCCACCCCGAUGCCCUACUCGCCGACCAUCGACGGCGUCCUUGUCUUCGCCGACCCUUCCCGCCGCCCCACCGCCGCCGUGCCCAUGCUCGUCGGCACCACCGACAACGAGGUCGGCCUCUUCCGCGUCUUCGUGCCGCCCCGGCCGGACCUCCCCCGCGAGGAGGAAGACGCGUUUUGGCACGCCGAGAACCAGCGCACCUUCGUCUGCCCCGCCGCCCGCCGCGCCGCCCGCGCCGGCAACCCCACCUGGCGCUACCGCUGGCACGGCGUGUUCCCCAACACGGAGCUGUCGCGCACCCCGCCCAGCGGGGCCUACCACGACUCGGAGGUGGCGCUGCUGUUUGGGAAUGUGGACCAGUCCUUGGUUACGAACACGCGGGAGGAGGACGCCGUCGGGAGGUACAUGCGGGGCGCGUGGGCUGCCUUUGCCAGGGACCCGGUCCGGGGGCUGGAGAGAGAAGGGAAGGGGAAGAAGGGGUGGCCGAGAUAUGUGGCUGGGAAGCGGACGCUGAUCCGGCUUGGAUGGAAGGGCAGGGCUGGGGCGAGCUUGGCGAGGGGAGACUUCUACGAUGACGACUGCUAA